AUGGCCAGUAGAGUUCAUCAGCUCAGUAAUGAAGAGAUCAGUCGAUAUGGGAGGCAAUUAAUUCUUCCAGAAUGGGGUAUACAAGGACAACAGAAGGUCAAAUUGGCUGCUGUGUUAAUUGUUGGGGCAGGAGGAUUGGGCUGUCCGGCUGCUCAGUAUUUAGCAGCUGCAGGUGUAGGUCAUCUUGGUAUAGUUGAUUAUGAUGAAGUUGAAAUUAGUAAUCUUCAUCGUCAGAUUUUACAUUCUGAGAAGAGAGUGGGUGUGGCUAAAGUAGACUCCACCCAUAUAGCAAUUGAGAGCCUCAACUCUCUUGUUAAAGUUAGUACUCAUUGUGUCUUAUUAAACAGUACUAAUGUCUCAGAUAUUAUCAAUAAAUAUGAUGUCAUUGUUGAUGCCACAGAUAAUGUAGCUACGAGAUAUCUUCUCAACGAUGCCUGUGUAUUAUACAAGAAACCUCUUGUAUCCGGUAGUGCUCUGAGAUUUGAGGGACAGUUAACUGUAUAUAAUUAUAAUGGAGGACCUUGUUAUCGUUGUCUCUUCCCAUCUCCACCCCCUCCUAAUACAGUCACUAAUUGCUCUGAGGGUGGUGUACUAGGAGUGAUUCCUGGAGUGAUAGGGACAUUACAAGCAUUAGAAGUAUUGAAAGUUAUAACAGGUGUUGGAGAUGUUUUAACUAGUAAAUUAUUGAUGUUUGACGGUUUAUUGUCUUCAUUUCGAGUGAUCAAACUUCGAUCACGUGACCCAGCAUGUGUUGUAUGUGGGGAGACUCCUAGCAUUACAAAACUAAUUGAUUAUGAAGUAUUCUGUAACUCAUCAGCUAAUGAUAAGGAGAAACAUUUGUCAAUACUAAAGGAGACAGAUCGGAUUUCAUGUCAGGAAUACAAAUCUAUAUUAGAUGAGGGUAAGCCCCAUGUUUUAUUAGAUGUACGAGAAUCAGUAGAAUAUGAGAUAUGUCACCUUCAACAGUCACAUAAUAUUCCUUUUAGUAUUUUACAUAAGUCAUUAAAUGAAGUAGCUGAUAUCAUCUCCGAAACAACUGGUCACCAUGGCAACGGUAACUUUAUUUUUCCACUUUAUGUGGUUUGUCGUCGUGGCAACGAUUCUCAACAAGCUGUCCAAUUAUUGCGAGAGAUGUUACCAUCGUAUUUAACCUCUCCUCUUCCUCCAGUUAUUAGUGAUAUAAUUGGAGGAUUAACCCACUGGAGUGAUGCAAUUGAUCACACUUUCCCCAAAUACUAA